CACGAUGCAGACCGUCCUUUCCCCAGAGUUCACCAGCUGUGCACAGCACCCAGGACCUGUGUACUUUCCCGGGGUUGUUAGCGGCCCUGCAGACAGCCCCUGCUACUACUAAUCCUCCGUCAGUUACGAACAUAGCCUGGGAAACGCAGUGCAGCCCUCCCCUCCUCUAAGCUCCUGGUAACCUGGCAUUGGUGGGGUUGCUGGAGCGCCAUUCACAUUCAAAUCACCCCUGGGUGAAAGGCAGGAGACCAGAAACCAUAGCAACCUGCAACACACACCAAGCCCCCGAGCUCAGCCCAAACGGAGACUCCUUGGAGCCCAGAGGCAGCUGCCCAGAGUGCACCUGGAUCCAUACUGCCGGCCCUGUAACGUGUCGUCUCUAGAACCAGAUACUGCAUCUUGCGGGGGGCGGAGGGUUUCCCUCCACCUACCUGACCCACAAAUCCUGGGAGAUGGAGUACCUGCAGUUUGCUUGUCUCUGUGAACUCUGCAACUGUGGGUAAGUGAGCGCUCGAACAGGCACAGACAGAUGCCCUUAUUUAUUUUUGCUUAAGGCUUCUAGAGCAAGAAUGGAUUUGUUUCACCUUUCUCCCCUCCACACACACCAGACCUGAUACUAAGCAAAAGCUGCUGGCACUGAGCUGUGCAUGUGGGCUAGAAGCCAUGGGCAGCAGAGAAGGACAGCCACCUGCUUUAUACUGGGUCAGUAUGGAGCAGUUUUACAAAGCGCGAUCAUCACUUGUACUGCUGUGGCACCUAAAGGCAUGAGAAAGUCUGUGUCCCACAGACCAGCCACAUGCGUGUGCAUGGAUAUAUUCUGUAGUGUUUACCCAUGUCCCUGGGGACUUACAAGUUUUAACCACCUCUUUACAGACAGGGGCCUGCUGCCGUGCCCUGAGCUGUGCUGCUAGCGGGAGUUGGGCAGUAGCAGGUGGAGAGGUCAUGUCACAGUAUUUGGUAGCUUCCAGCUCCUACCUCCACCACAGGAUCCUAUGAAUAGCAUCCAUCUCCUGGGGAGCUCUGAGAGACGCCAGGUGGAGGGGAACAAUUCUCAGGGGCCCUGAAAGCUGCAGAGCAGCCAUCAUCGGGCUGUCCAGCACACAGCUCCCAGCGAGCAGACCCUGCUGCCUUGGCAGUCACUUCCCCUGACUCCAACGGCUCCCACACAGGCUGGAUGUGGAAAAUGUUUCCAGAGGGGAGGGGAGCCCCGUUUCGGUUUCUCUCUCUCAGCUGCUUCUCUGUCACGCUCAGUCGACACAAGCACCACAAGAACUGCAAGAAGUGGAGCAGGCCAGCACCUCAGGACUGCAGGAGACCCCAACUGUCCCAUUACAAGGCAACUUACACCCAGCCACCAAACGUGCAUCCUCGAAGCAGCAAGACCCCUCCACACCCCAACCCCCCAGCCAUGGCCUUCAGCACCACAGAGUUCAUCCCCUGGGAGCUGGGCCAGAGGACCAAGCCGCAUGUCCGGGAGGCAUAUCAGUGCCCACAGGAGCCCUUCCAAAGCCAGAGUCUGUACCGCCUCCACUUCCUGCCCAGGGAGCCAGUCAUAACCACCCUCCGGCAGCCCCUGACUCCCAGGCAGCCCAACGUCUCUGGCUUCCCCGACACCACCACAACUACCAAGGAGAGCUACAAAGGAUGGCGAGCGGAAUGCCCAGCCUGCUAUGGAGAGCCGCCAGCUCUGGCAGGUUCCUCCCAACAGAGUGCUCCACUCUCUGUGCAGCCAGCUCCAGUCCCCCCACAGCUGGGACCAGUCGCUGGCCUCACCUCCACAUCAGCUUCAGCAGCCCGGUCACAGCAAGGCUCAGCCACGCUCCCCCUAAAGGGCCAGCCUCAGACAGGGCCCUUUUCCUCUAGCACAAGCAGCUCCCAAGGUGAUACAGUCUCGGGCAGUGAUGCUCAGUCUGUGCUCAAGGCCAUACAGGUGGGCUGGCAAACCAGCGAAACCCUGCUCCUUCAAAGACUAACCCCCACCCCCUUGGCAUGGGACAGUACACUGCUUUCUGUUCUGCUAGGUGAUCGUGACAUGACGACAACCCACCAGAGCACCUACCAGUCUGUGCCCUUGGAGAAGCUGGUAGCCCAGUCACAUGGUAAAGGAAUAGUGCCAGCAGGGAAACGAGCACAGGUGGAAUACAUGACCAAGUACCAGAGUGAUUUCCCAGCACAUAGCUUGUUACCUGCACGGAUUCAGCCUACUCAGCCUCCUCUGGACAACCUGGCAAUCAACCAGGGCUUCAGCACAGAUUUUCAGACGGUGCAGAGGGAAAGCUACCAUGGCUGGGACACACGCAGAUACCCUCGUGCCAGCCCCAUCAAGCUGAAAGAGGAGCUGGCAGACUUGGGGAAAGAGAGGGAUGGAACUCAGUCAGGGGACUCUUUGAGCAAACUCUCUUACCCCCCUGUGCCCUUGGACAGGCCUCUGAGGACUAUCGAGUGGCCUCCCACAGUGCUGAGAUCCUUCCCUGCAAAGUUAGACUAUUCCACAGCCCACAAGUUCUUCUUCAGAGAGUGGGGAGUCCAACCCCAAAUCCGGCAAGGUGACCCCCACAAUGGAGUCUACAUCCAACCUCUGGCCAAGUUUGAAAGCCAAACUACCACACACAGCACGUUCCUGCCCCAGGUAGCGGAGGUGGUGAAGAACUGCAAACCAGAGCAGAAACCCAUCCGAGCACAGGGAAAGCAGGAUUUCUCCACCAUCCACAGGGAGUCUUACAGGCCAAUCCCACUCCCAGUCUGUCGUUUGCAAAUGUACUUGAUCCAACAGCAGCAGCAGGGACAAGAAACGAUUAAUUCUCUUGUGCCUGUUAAAGCCUGAUAUGCAGUGUGGAUCCAGGUUCCUCAGCCAAAUCAACUCUGUUCCCAGGAUGCUAAUGGGCAAACAAUUACUAACUAGACAAUUUGAUAAACUGUUGUUUUUUUGUGCAUCCUAGCAACAUUAAAAUGGCAUCACCUAAAAUCUCAGAAACUUAAGUAUAUCUCCACUGCAGAGGUGUGAUUGCAGCUCGCACAGAAGUACUCAUGCUAACUUUAAUCUAGUUAGCGUAGCUAAAAACAAAGAUGCAGCAGCACAGAACAGGUACACAAGUACAUACCAAGAGUUCUCAGCAGGCUUGUACAGCCUGCAUGUUUUCACUACCUUUUAGCCAGGUUAGCGAAAUUUAAAGCCAGCGCGUAAAACAAUCACACCUCCAAUCACAGUGCAGACACACCCUCAGAACAGCUGCCAUUAAUUUGGGUGUUGUAUCUUAAACAAAUAUCACAUCCAUGCACGUUUGUAUUGCUAUAAUAGCUGUUGAAAUUAUACAAUAAUUGUACCGAAUUUCAUUGUAUUUCCUGCUGCAGCAUUCUGUAGGAAUCCCACCAUUAAUAUCUUCUAGUAUUUUAACACUAGCUUUCAGCGUGCAGUCUAUUAUUUUGCAUUUUAAAGAUAAUAAAAAUUGCUUGUGCUUAGUGUUCCUGAUUAGACGGAUAUGUGUUCUUCAGCAAAAGCAGUGUUCCCAA